AUGGGCAAAUUCCAGUCUAAACUUGCUUCGAAACGCAGACAGAGACCUGAAGGUAAGACAGUCAACAUGAGACACGGUGGGAGUUUGGCGUCCAGUGUGUUGACCUGUCAGAGGGAGCUGGAGCUCAUCCGCACUCAUAAAACUAAACUCACAGAGGACUUGUGCAGAGAAUUGAGAGAAGAUGCAAAGCCUGGUCAUAACUGCCACCUUGAGGUGGUUCUGCCAACAGAGAAGGGAUCUGAUCGGGACAACAUCAUCCACUACCCAGUCAAUAAACAGACAAGGAGAAACAACCAUGUUGGUGACACAGAGUGUAACAUGGUGCUUGAGGACGACUCCAGGGAGGAGUGGGUUUUCACGCUGUACAACUUUGACAACAAUGGCAAAGUCACCAAAGAGGACAUGUCUGGUCUGAUACACUCCAUGUAUGAGGCUCUGGAGGCAUCAGUGAAGCAGCCUUAUGGUGGCACCACAGCACUGAGGAUCAAGCUAGUUGUAACUCCAUCAGCAGGAGCAGAGAAGGAGCAGAGUGCAUCUCAGGAGAAAGGAAGUCCAGUAAGGAGAGUCUAUUGUGUGGAUGAAAACAUAGAGCGCAGAAACCACUAUCUGGAUCUCGCUGGCAUUGAAAACUAUACCUCCAAGUUUGACAAUACAGAAUCGCUCUCUCAGGAGCCCAGACAUGACACUCAUUCAGCUCUCCAGCACCACCGUGUGGUGGUUAGGGAGAACUGCAUCUCCCCCGGGUCUCCCAGAGGCCUCUCUGCCCUUCAUUCCCUGAAAGGCAGGAAUGGUGUAGAGGGAAAGUCCUGCAGGUUACAUGGACAACAUUCUGCUUCAUUGUGUCAGCCUCCAGCUCAUAGUCACCUGCAGCGUUCCCACAGCAGGAGGCUUCGCUCCAGAUUACAGGAUGCCGCCUUGCCCUUUAAAGACAGAGAGAUAUUUAACCUUCAGCCCUCCUGUGGAGCCCCAGCCCCUGUGGCCAAGAGACACGAGCACCAUCACCACCAUGAGCACCAUCAUCAUCACCAUCACCACUACCACCCUUCAUAA